AUGGCGGACGCACUCAAACUGGCCGAUAUGCAGAGGGCCAGUCUCGAAUUCGAGCGGCAGCGGCAUUUGGCUAAUUGGCUAAUCGAGUCCAGUCCGCAUAUGCCAAAACCAACCCCGCAACAGCAGCAGCAGCAACAGCAAAAACAGCAGCAACUCAGCAAAAAAGGAAAAUUUAGACAAAAUCCAAUGUUUUUCCUAGCGAAAAUCGGCCAUAACAUGAACUUUACCAGCAGCAACAAUCCACCCUUAGGUAACAAUCUGCUAGGAAGCAAUUCGAUAGCUUCCACCUUCAACUCACAGACCAAUCUGCCACUAGCGAUCGUAUCCUCGUCGGGUCGCGACGGGCACAAACCCAAACUCAGGCGAUUCAAUUCGCACGACACUAGUGCCAACAUGUUCUCGGUAGCUGAAUUCGAAAAUGCCCGCCUAGCCAGGAGGAACGAACUGGAAAAUGCGGCCUUACUCCGACAACGACAACGAUACAAGCUGAAUUCCCUUUCGUCCGGCGGUGACUGCUCCACCGGUGAAAGCAAAGGUUCCAAACUCAGCAACGACUCCACCAACGAGCCCCUGUUCGCCGAACAGUUUCUGGAAAAAUUUUCCCUCCCUCGGGUGGUGCGUCUAUCCUACACAUCGAACGAUGGUAGCAGUUCCGGAGAUCAAACCAUGACCUCGUCCAGCUCGGCCGAAUCGACUAGCACGUCGGAGCGUAAGAAGAAAAAGAAACCAUCCUUUCCGAGUCCCUCCAACGGGGAACUGUUUCUGCUCUAUCGAUUUAUGCGCAAUUACAAAAUUUACCAUGCAUUCAAUUCGAAGGCCGGCACCAAUCGGAAAAAGGGAUAUAAAAUACCACAGGAUUAUCCCGGUUAUUUUUCGUUUCUCAGCGAGAAAGGAACCCAAAUGGCGACUGUGUAUACAACCAUUGUCCAGCUGGUACGGGAACGCGUUUACAAAUUCUUGUCUCUGGAAAAUCUCUCAGCCUACACUGAAUCACAUGAUAAUUUCAGCCAAAAAACUCACUACGUUAAGGCGACGGCUAAAGCAGGGCAAGUGUAUCGCUUACUGGCGGUGUUUCAGGACGGAGAUCAUAAGACAUCCUCUAGUCAAAAGGAUUCCGCUUCAUUGAGUGGGAGCGUGUCCAGCACCGAAAAAGAACGUGGUAAAUAUGCGCAGUUGCUCGGUGAUAAUAGGCAGAUUUACUACGUUUCACUGUCAGCUAAGGGGAAAUUUUACGAGAUCGAGCAGCACACGGCACCGGUACUGCAAAAGAGCAGCAGCCUGGGGCACCCAAGUAGCAACAGUAAAACACCGAAGCAGCUCAACCGAGAGUGUGUUCACCGUGUCGGAUUUAUCAUGCAAUCCGAGGUCAAGUUGCCGUUAAAUUUGAAGCUGAUUGCCAGCAUGAGUGGAACCAGCACCGGUGGUUCCCAAAACAACGUGCCUGAAUACAUAACAAUCGCCAAGAUAAGUGCAGAGAACUACAUCAUUGCCUGCCCUGUCGAUGAACAAGAGCUUGCUUCAACGUUGAGUCUAACGAAGCUGCAUAUCACACCGCAGAUGAAAUUCACCAAGUGUUCGCUGGGCUUCGACAACGAGCAGCGGAUGUUCCUGAAUACUGGAAUCCAAACGGUGCUGAAAUUCUGCCAAUUCAACUGCGACAACUUCACGCGCAUAGUCGACAAUGACACCAAUUGGAUGGAGCUGCAGCAAAUGAUCAACGCCGUUCAGCAGCACCAACAACAAUCGUCCAACAGUCUCAAUCACCUGGCAACGUCCGGUUCGAGCGGUAAAAGUGAAGUACUGAAGAAGCUGAAGCUAACGCGACUGUUCGGGGGUAGUUCGGACCGGAACCAGCACUCGUCCUCCUCUGGUCAUGAGAAAGAAGACUCGAUCAUAUUUUUGAGUAAAAAUGAUCUUGAGAACCUCGAAUGCAGCCAACAGCAACAGCUAGCAUUACAGCGACACGAGCAAGAUCAGCAACCAGUUUCCUUAUCAUCUGGGAUGAGCGAGAAAAUGAAAGUUUUUACACCGAGCAAAAAGCGUUGGUUCAAAGGAUUGCGAUCCAGCGGCGGUCAGGAGCAAGACGAAGAACAACAUGACGCUUCUGACAAAAAUCGGUCAAGCAUUGAUCGCUAUCAGGACAUGUCCAGAUUGAUUCAAGAAAGAUUUGGAGAGAUGGAUAUUAGUAUAGUUAGCACUAACAAGGCAAAUUCUGAUAUCGGAUAUGACGAAACAGUCAACGACAAUCCCGAGGAGUUAGAUACCGAAGGUGGACUUCAAAAGUGUUUGUCCUUGCAGCACAUUGAACUGCAAAGUGGGAGCUGUAUGGACGUAAGAAACAAAACUAAACCGGAUCUUGUUAACAACAUCAACCUGAUCGAGAGGAAGCGAUCCGAAGAAGUCAUGUCCGAGUCAGAAGACACACUCUUUUUCCCCAUUCGAACCGGCACCAAUCAGCAAUCAUUCAUGACACAGAAACUAUAUUCUGAGUUCCACGUAAAAACCAAACAGCACAGUAAAUCUCAAUCGAGUAUACAACAUCUGCUCAAUCUGGCCAGUCCACAACGUUCACAAGAUAGCAAAAACAAGACCAAACUUUGCGAGAAAAAGCGUUCUGAAAUUGUCCUCUCAUUCGAAGAUUUGCAAAGCCUUACUAGAGACGAAGAGCUGGCCACCGACGGCUCGCUGCGAACUCAGCUCAAUAUUCUAGACGACUUACCAUACAGCAGCGUCCGAGAUUCGAUCGUAUUCCAGGAGACAGAGCCUCGAACGCCAUCUGAAAGCAUAUACGCUGAAAUUUGUUCCGACAGUCCUCCAGGAUCCGCAAACGUUAACCAACCGCAGAAAGCACCUGUUUUUCAAACCACAACAGCAACGGUACAACAAUCAUCGCCCGCCGUGAAGCCGGAAAAACGAUUUACCAGCAUACGCAUCAAUGUACCCUCCAGCGACUCAUGCCAAGCCGUAAGCCUAAACCCAGCCGGAAGUCGCUGUGCAUCUGUUGUCGCUUGUCCCGUCGAGGACAACAUUUACAACACAAUUAAAUAG